AUGACCGACACGCCAAACAAAGGUAUCGUGGUCGUCUCAGGGGGAAGUGCGGCGAAUAACCUAGUCGACGUGUUCCACUCUAUUCGCGAGAGCAAAAAUUGCCCUCUCAGCUACAUUAUUCCCAUCAGCGACAAUGGUGGUUCAUCAUCAGAAUUGAUUCGCAUAUUUGGAGGUCCUGGAAUCGGCGAUGUUCGAAGUAGGUUGGUUCGCCUGAUUCCUGACUUGCCUGUGAACCCAGAACGUAUGGCUAUCAAAGCCCUUUUCAAUCAUCGGUUGGCUGCUGAAGGGCCGGCUGCAUCGCUGGAGUGGCUUUCCAUUGUUGAUGGCACCUCGACCCUAUGGCGGUCUAUCACGCCGGCCAAAAAGGAACUGAUACGUUCCUUUUUUAAUUCUCUUAACCUGGAGAUUCUCAAACGAGCACGGCCACCCUCAUCUACUUACGACUUUACUUCUGCAAGUGUGGGCAACUUGUUCUUGACAGGUGCGCGAUUGUUCAGUGGUAGUUUUGAAAGCGCUAUUUACUUGCUAGGCAGUAUCUGUGGUGUUCAGUCAGACAUUAUUCGAGUGAUCCCCGCAAUCAACUCUAAUUUCUCUCACCACAUUUCUGCUACUCUCGCUGAUGGGACGGUCAUUGUUGGCCAGAACAGCAUCUCACAUCCGAGCGAGGUAUCAGGGGGUCUGCUUCACGACCACAGACCGGAUUGUGCCAGCUUGCCACUCGCUGAUGGUGAUGACUUUGAAGAUACUGACUCUAGCGUUUCUGAUACGGUAUCUUACGAAGAAGAUCAUCUUCCAGGCUCGCUGGCCACGCUCCGCAACAAGAAUAUAUUAUUUAACAAGGCCAAGAAUGAGGACCUGCCUUGUCGGAUCAGUCGUAUCUGGUAUAUCAACCCGUACGGUGAAGAGAUCCGACCAUCUGCCAACCCGCGUGUACUAGAGGCGCUCGACGACGCACAGGCAAUCAUAUAUAGCAUCGGCUCCCUGUACACGUCCAUCAUUCCAGCAAUCAUUCUCCGUGGAGUGGGGAAAAGCAUAGUGAAGAGUCCAGCCCGCUACAAGAUUCUCAUCUUAAAUGGUUCGCUUGAUCGUGAGACUGGUCCCCCGACGGCGCCAUUCUCGGCAUCUGACUUUGUUGAGGCGAUUGCGAACGCUGGAGAGGAGAGUCGCGGAAGACGUCCGAAAUUUUCACCCCAACACCCCACCGAGCUGCCUUCUUCCCCUGAAACUAUCAGGCCCUUUGAUCCAAUCCCGUAUACUUCCUAUGUGACUCAUAUACUGCAUCUGGAUGGUCCGGGUACACCAUAUGUGGAUCGAGACCGGCUGGCAGAAAUGGGAAUUGGGACUCUUCGCCUUUAUGGACGCAAAAUCACUGUUAUAGAUGAUGAUAAGGAAAUUGUUGUCGGCAUGCAAUAUGAUCCUAAAGCUCUAGUCCAGGCUUUAGAAGUAGUACUAGGGAAGAAGGGCGAUGCAAUUGUACGAGAUGUUGGCAGUGGUCUAGGACGAAGAAAUACACUAGAGCCGACCAAACGAGAAAAGAAACCAUAG